AUGGAUGGCCAACGACAAUACAUCCCAGGCCCUCCCCCGGGCCAGCAUCCCAUGACUCUGCCUCCACCACCGCCACGACACCCUCACCAACAUGGGCAGGUGCAGCUGCAGGCUGGAGUUCCUCCUCCGCCACCAGGGCCCCCGCCAGGGACAAAUUAUGGGACACCAGGUGGAUGGCAACAGCAGCAGCAGCAACAACAACAACAGCAGCAGCAGCAAAACUGGGGCAGACCGCCGCUUCCUGGUGGAUUCCCACCACCGCCACCACCGCUCCUUCAGAAUCAACACAUCGCGCCAUACCGUCCCUCCGCUCCGCUGUCCAUCGUGACCCCCCACGAUAACCAGCCUCUGACUUCCGCGACCUAUAUUCCCGGUAAUGACACUCUUGGGGUCGGAAUUCCACCACUUUUUGAUCUUGGUGGACAGACAUACGAUCCAUAUGCCCAACAGCGACAGGCCAGCAGCCAGACAUAUCACCCUGGCACUGAUGGGCCGCUCAAUCCACAGACACCAGGCACAAGACUCACCCCUCCAUUUGCUUUGCACAACCACGUUCACGAACUGGUGACCAACGACAACCCUUCUCAAGGCCCUUCAGUCGGGGACUUUGCGAAAUCGCCAACUCACCGACACCAGGCAAGUGGUGCUUCUCUAGGGGGAAUGUCACCGAGCGAGGCUGCGAUUCAAUGGCCGCUUGAUCGAGUCUUGCUUUGGCUUGCUAGGAAUGGCUUUUCCAAGGACUGGCAAGAAACUUUCAGGUCUUUGGAGCUACAAGGAGCCGACUUUUUGGAGCUUGGUUUAGCAUCCGGCGGACGCGGCAAUCUUGGGAAAAUGCACAAAGUUGUCUAUCCUCAACUAGCAAAGGAAUGUGCGCGAAGUGGGACUGGAUGGGACUCGACACGCGAGAGGGAAGAAGGUCUGCGAAUGCGCAAGUUAAUCCGCCAGAUUCACGACAAUGAAUCAGAUUCAUCCAUUUCCACGCCAUUGCGCGGUGAUCCGCCUGGUUGGGCCACGGCAACGGUUGAGCACGGAACUGGAUUCUACUCGAGCCCCCCAUUGAAUGAGCCCCGUUCGGCUGGACCGACUGGCGGGGUCAACGACAUCACACCAGAGCAACUGGCGAACGUUCAGAGUGCAGCGGUUUCGCAGCAAAAGGUUCCACAGAUGCGCUCUGUCACUUUACCCAUCCCGUCCGGCUUCGAGGCACCCACGUAUGAGUCGCCCUCGCGGGAAUCACCCAGUUGGCUUCGCUCAGACUACUCCAGGAAUGCUCUGGCAGCAGUCAAUGACCAUCGACGACAAAGCCCCUCAGUUUCUAGUGAGAAUGGUGCCAUCCCGUCCUCGCUGAGAGCGCAAGAGAGUCCGAAGAGUGGGAGCCCAGCUGCACAAUACGCAUCUCCUUAUUCAGGGCUCACCUCUUCCUCCACUGGAGAUUUGUCGCUCAAGUACGAGCAUUCUCGCGUUAACAGUACCGAGUCGACCCCCGGGGUUGGUCGGGGGUCCUCUUCAACGGGCCGAUAUUACGAAAGCCGCAGGCAAGGCAAUGAUGCAACUCGCCCGUCAGCUCAAGCCCAGGAAUCUAGUAAAGCCCACGGCACAGAGCCUUCAUCCUCUAAUCCCCGCGAACAUGGCAAAAGCAUCUUGAAUAUCUUCUCAAGAAAGAAGGGGCAUAAACUUGAUGCUUUGAGUCAUCCCUCAUCAGAAGACUUAGAGUCUCCACCGAGUCCCGAGGCCCGUUCUAAUGGCUAUCUUCCAUAUCAGUCAGCCUUCAACUCAAGCGACAUGUCUUUGGGCGAGCGUUCGUCCUCGGCCACCCCGGCAAAGACCAAGAAAUGGAUGUUUGCAACCAUGGACGGUUACAACUACCGCUUGAUUGACAUCACCGACUGGGACUCGGUCGAGACACUCCGAGUGGGAAUCUGCCAAAGUCUAGGAAUCGCGGAUUGGGGUGGCGCUCAAAUGUUCCUUACUCAGCCGGGACAGACAGAGCACGAGGAUCCCAUGAGCGACUCGAUCUUAGCAGUCAGUCGGAGAACCAAAUCCGACGCUUAUGGGUCAUUGAAAAUAUUUGUCAAGGGUGUUGCGGCUCCCAAUUCGGCAAACCAAGCGCCACGUUUCGAUGGUCUAGGGGUCUCAAUUCCUUCCGAAAAGCCAGCUCAAUCUCCCACAGCAACUCAGGGGCCUAUCCACCGAAAGCCCUUGGAGGAGGGAGCAUUGAACAGGAUAUCUCCAAAGACCCAAGCGAAGCCCUAUAGUGAUCUUCUAGGCUCUCGGCAGAAUACUCUGAAAGCCUCCAUCUCGAAGCCCUCACAAGAUACAUCUCCUGACCCUGGACUGAAUCAAGAUCCCGACAAAAUGGAUCUGUUAGCAAGACACGAGGCGCAUAUGCGAGAAGUUGAGCGUAAGCAGAAAGAAAAUCGUAUAUCCCGGAUGCCACCCUCAACUGCACAGCAAACACGGAAGGAUACCUACGGAGACACUGGAUAUCGACGUGAAGGUGUCAUUGAUUUUGACUCCCCGCGACUUUCUCCAUACGAAGAGAAGAAGGUUGAAAAAUCAGAUACCCUGGUUCCUCUACGGAAACCUCCUGUCGCACCUAAUGAGUCAAACACACUCACAAAAGUGAACUCUUUGAGGAAGGCGCCGGGCGAGUGGGGAGAUCGUCAUCGCCACCAGACUCAGGCUGCAGGACAGGCCCCCGGCCUCGGGGCGGUGCUGGCAACUGUUGGCCGAAUGUCAAGCGCUAUUGGCACCCCUUCACCUUCGGUUCCGUCUGUACACAGUCAGGACAGCAUGGGUUCCGACUCGGAUCGAACCAGCACGAUGGGUUCUAGUGCGACCGCAUCAAGUCGAACAACGCUUGACUCAGGCAAGAAUGCAAGUGCCUUCGGCAGCCAUUAUAUCCAAGACACAGCUCCGCCAUUUGCGUCCCGCUCUCCGUCUGCUAUGCCCUCAGCCCAGGGCACAGCUUCGCAGAAGCCUACUGUGCAGUCUCGCAAGUCGUUUGGCCCGGAAUUUGAUUUUGAAGAAUCCGAAGUAUCAUUCUUCAAACCGCCUCAGCAACCCGUUGAGCAGGCGGACGACGACGACGAGUCGUCUGACGAUGGCCUUUUCGCAAUUAGGCCCUCAAGGAACGAGCCCCCCAAACCUGCACCAGAACUUGAAAAGAGACGAAAACCUUCACUGAGUUUGGACACUGAUAAUGCUAAGCCGCGUCGGGUUGUGAGCUUCAUCUCCCCAAACACUUCGUCAGGGAAGAGUUUUGCCACGCCGGCUAGCGGAGACCAAAAAGGAGGUGAAUCUUCUACCGCACCGAGGAAGUUCUCAGGCACAUUCUACGGAUCGGAUUCAUCGGAUGACGAAGAACCCAAUCGUAGAGAUUCCUUCGUCAAUGGCGACGUUUGGGCUAGCAGACCUGCCGUGGAAGGCGUUAUCGAUAAUCUGGAUAGCUUCUUCCCGGAUGUCGAUCUUGAUGCUCCAUACCUGGAAGAGCCUCCCUCACCUAAUACAGCAAAGGGUGAUUCGGAUGCUGCAGCUACCAUCCGGGCCAGGCAAGACGCCGUGUCAUCCACCUCACAGUCUAUUGGGGAUGCGAAUCAUAUCCCAUCGGACACAUCGACGAUGCGUCCUCCACCAGCUCCGCAAGGAGGAUCCAUCGUCGCCAGGCGGAACCUGGACCGCAGUGGUGGCUUGUCACGGAAGAAGUCAAUCCGUGAAGUGGCCAGGGGCGCCGCACAUCGAACCAAGAGUGUCAGCUCUGCGGGGCCUCAGCAAUCUGGCAACUUGUUGCGACGGAAGAGCACCAAGAUGUUCGGUGCCAAGAUCAUGCAAAUUAGCCCCAAGCCUGGCACAAGACUCAGUAAACUUGAUCCCAUCCCCCAGAACGCUCCCGCACCGGAGACAAGCGGGUCUGUUCCACAACGCCAACCUACAUUCCGUAUCAUUCGCGGUCAGCUUAUCGGAAAGGGCACGUACGGUCGGGUGUACCUAGGCAUGAACGCAGACAACGGUGAGGUUUUGGCCGUGAAACAAGUUGAGAUCAACGCGAGGCUGGCCGGAUCCGACCGAGACCGAAUCAAGGAGAUGGUAGCUGCCUUGGACCAAGAGAUCGAUACGAUGCAACAUCUUGAGCACCCAAACAUUGUGCAAUACCUUGGUUGUGAGCGAGGGGAAAUGUCCAUCUCCAUCUACUUGGAGUACAUUUCGGGUGGUUCCGUUGGAAGCUGUCUCCGAAAGCAUGGAAAGUUUGAGGAAAGUGUAGUGAAAUCUUUAACACGACAAACUCUCGAUGGCCUUGCCUAUCUACACGACAUGGGAAUCUUGCACCGCGAUCUGAAGGCAGACAAUAUUCUGCUUGACCUGGAUGGAACAUGCAAAAUCUCCGACUUUGGUAUCUCCAAGAAGACCGAUGACAUCUAUGGAAAUGAUUCUUCCAAUUCCAUGCAAGGCUCGGUCUUUUGGAUGGCACCCGAAGUCAUCCAGUCUCAAGGCCAGGGUUACAGUGCCAAGGUCGAUAUUUGGUCGCUUGGCUGUGUCGUGCUGGAGAUGUUUGCUGGUCGCCGACCGUGGAGCAAAGAAGAAGCCAUUGGCGCCAUCUUCAAGCUCGGUAGUCUUAACCAAGCUCCACCGAUCCCCGACGACGUCUCCAUGAGCAUCAGUCCUGCAGCGCUUGCCUUUAUGUACGACUGCUUCACUGUCAACUCCUCCGAGCGUCCGACUGCUGGGACCCUUCUUACUCGCCAUCCUUUCUGCGAGCCGGAUCCUAGCUACAAUUUCCUCGAUACGGAGCUCUAUGCUAAAAUUCGGCAUGUGCUUUGA